AGACGCAUCUUCAACCGGGACGCUGCGGUUGCUUGUGGCGUCUCGUCGCCCCCGACACACACACAUACACACACGCACGCGCGAGGGCGCCGGCGGCGCCGGCGGCGGGGCGUGGGUUGCGUUAUCAGCCCGAGGGCUGAGGCGGCUGUGACCUCCAGUCUGCGGCGUCGGAAUCACUUUUACUCGCGCGGGCGCGACGGCGGAGGCGAGAGUGCUGCGCUGGCCGUGGCAGUGUCCCACGGGAGCUGGGGUUGUCGACGUGCCGCGAGCGACCGCUCCACCGAGACACGGCGCCGGACACGUGCCGAGUGUCCCUGACAGGACACUGGCGCAGGACACGGCUGAGGUGCGGCAGAGGCACCAAGGGAGUACGGACCGGGUCACCAGAGCCAACGCUGCCGGAGGAGAAACGCAGCGGGAAAUAUGAAGGUGCCGCUGACGUGGCUGCUGGUGCUGCUGGUGAUCCUGGUGACACUGGUGCCGCCCAGCACACCAGCCAGAAGGUGGCGACGGUUCAGGAUACGGGUACCACGCGCCAUGCACGCUCUGCGCCGUGUCGGCAAGGAGUCCUACUCCCGGGAGCGGUUCCUGGCUAUACCGCAGAUACCGUACCCCUACUACCAGAGGCCGCGGUACCGGUACCCUUUCUACGACCGCUACGGUCACGGGAAACUGCUGUACGGGUACGGAGACGGACACCUGUACACCUACACCCAGUUCAAGCCGCUCGACGGGUACAGCAAACGCCGGUAGACGACAGCCCGUCGCACGCCCGGCAGCCUGGACGAAUAGCCGUCGCCGCCGCCUCCGUACGAUACAGCGCGUAGCGAUGAAGGUUUGAAGACGGCGCCAGGGUAGGUGGGGAGGUGAAACAGAGGCAAGAGGCUACAGACGUCCACGAUCGGUCUAAUUAUGGAGAUCAAUUGACUGGUUCAACAGAGAUCAGCUGUCUGAUCCUACGGAGAGCAAGCGAUCAUACAGAGAUCAUGUCUGACCCAGCGGAGAUCGUCUGAUUCUUCGAAAAUCAUAUGACCGUCCUAGCGGCGAUCGUGUGAUCUUUCGCAAAGAUCAUCUGUCCGAAUCUACGAAGAUCAGCUGGCUGAUCCUGUGUAGAUCGGUUGUCUUCCUACGGAUGCUAUGAAUAUCACUGGUCUAACCGAGCGAUGGCAGCUGGCGUUAUCCAGCUGGCGGCGGCUUAAAGAGCUUUGACGAGGCUCGCGGCGUGCGCGGUGGACUGAUGUUUUAGAAGCCGAAGUGUGUGGACUGUGGAGGCAUGGAAAGAUGAGCAAUGAUUCGCUGGAUGAUUCGAGUGUGUAGCUGAUGUGCUUUGAGUGUGUAUCCGAGAAUCGAGAGGGUUUGAAAGAGUGUAGUGCGAUCUCAUGAACAUGUGCCUUCUCUGUGUCGCUACAAAGUGCAAAUCGAGAGUUCUAUUAGAAAGAGAACGAUCAGCGGUUAAAAAACGCAUGAGACAAUUUAACGCCAAGUUUAAAGGUCAAUGCGUAAAGGUUAUUUCUGUAAUAAUCAAAUAUCAACCGACCUCGUCCCAUGAAGCUCGGUUCGUUGAAUGAGGCUACUGACAUAGCCGACUCUGCUCAAGCCGUGUUUCUUGUUGUAAAUAAGCAGAUGCAGGUGAAUAAACAUUAAACAUCUAAGUGACGAAA